UCUUCCAAGAUGGCGGCGCGUCCGUCGCGAGCAGCCGGGCCGGGGGGAAGCCAGCAAAGCCGAGUAAAGCCGCCGCCCGGGAGAGGACUGAAGGAGCUGUUUCGGCCGUUGGCGGCGGCUCGGGCAGUUUUCGCUGCUGCUACGGCUGUUGCCAUGCGGCGAGGCUAGGGAGGAGCUCACUUCCCCGGGGUGUAAUAAUGUUAACAGAGACCAGUCUAUCCAUAUGGGGAUGGGGAAGCCUUGGCAUUGUCCUUUCUCUAAUAACCUUUGGACCCUUUGUAAUAUUUUAUUUGGCCUUUUAUAUCCUCUGCUUUGUGGGUGGGGGUUUUGUGGUUACUCUCCUGUUUGGAAAAACAAACUCAGAGAAGUACCUAGAGCAGUGUGAACACUCAUUUCUUCCUCCAACGUCAACUGGGAUUCCUAAGUGCUUAGAAGAAAUGAAACGAGAAGCCAGGACUAUAAAGAUUGAUAGAAGAUUGACAGGUGCCAAUAUAAUUGAUGAGCCUCUCCAGCAAGUUAUCCAGUUUUCCUUGAGGGAUUAUGUCCAGUAUUGGUAUUAUACACUAAGUGAUGAUGAAUCUUUUCUUCUUGAAAUUAGGCAGACUCUUCAAAAUGCACUCAUUCAGUUUGCCACUAGGUCAAAAGAAAUAGACUGGCAGCCUUAUUUUACUACACGUAUUGUAGAUGAUUUUGGCACCCACCUACGAGUAUUCAGAAAAGCUCAACAGAAGAUAACAGAGAGAGAUGAUCAAGCGAAAGGUACAGCAGAAGAUCUUGUGGAUACCUUCUUUGAAGUUGAAGUUGAAAUGGAGAAGGACGUUUGCCGUGAUCUAGUGUGCACUUCUCCCAAAGAUGAAGAAGGAUUCCUAAGGGAUUUGUGUGAGGUCUUAUUAUAUUUAUUGCUACCUCCUGGAGAUUUCCAGAACAAGAUCAUGCGAUACUUUGUCAGGGAAAUCCUUGCACGAGGAAUUCUUCUUCCAUUAAUAAAUCAACUCAGUGAUCCUGAUUAUAUUAAUCAAUAUAUCAUAUGGAUGAUCCGUGAUUCUAAUUGCAACUAUGAGGCCUUUAUGAACAUUAUUAAAUUGAGUGACAAUAUUGGAGAGCUAGAAGCGGUGAGAGAUAAAGCAGCAGAAGAAUUACAGUAUCUUCGAUCUCUAGAUACAGUUGGUGAUGAUAUCAACACUAUCAAGAAUCAAAUAAAUAGCUUAUUAUUUGUAAAGAAAGUAUGUGACUCAAGAAUACAGCGAUUGCAGUCAGGCAAAGAAAUAAAUACUGUGAAACUGGCAGCAAACUUUGGGAAACUUUGCACAGUCCCCUUGGACAGCAUUCUUGUAGACAAUGUUGCACUACAGUUUUUUAUGGAUUACAUGCAGCAAACUGGAGGUCAAGCACAUCUCUUCUUCUGGAUGACAGUGGAAGGAUACCGAGUUACAGCCCAACAGCAACUGGAAGUUUUAUUAAGUCGUCAGAAAGAUGGAAAACAUCAAACCAACCAAACCAAAGGUCUUUUAAGAGCAGCUGCUGUUGGAAUAUAUGAACAGUAUUUAUCAGAAAAGGCAUCUCCAAGAGUUACUGUUGAUGAUUAUUUGGUAGCAAAAUUAGCAGAUACUUUGAAUCAUGAAGAUCCAACCCCUGAAAUCUUUGAUGACAUUCAGAGGAAGGUUUAUGAAUUGAUGCUACGAGAUGAAAGAUUUUAUCCUUCCUUCAGACAGAAUGCACUUUAUGUGCGCAUGUUAGCUGAGCUGGAUAUGUUAAAAGAUCCUAGUUUCAGAGGAUCAGAUGAUGGUGAUGGAGAGUCUUUUAAUGGGUCUCCUACUGGAAGCAUAAAUUUGUCUUUAGAUGACCUUUCAAAUGUAUCUUCUGAUGACUCAGUACAACUUCAUGCUUACAUUUCAGACACUGGCGUUUGUAAUGAUCACGGCAAGACAUACGCAUUGUAUGCUAUCACUGUACACCGGCGCAAUCUGAACAGUGAGGAGAUGUGGAAAACCUAUCGUCGCUAUAGUGACUUUCAUGACUUCCAUAUGAGGAUCACUGAGCAGUUUGAAAAUCUCUCAAACAUAUUGAAGCUUCCUGGUAAAAAGACUUUUAAUAAUAUGGAUAGAGAUUUUUUAGAAAAAAGAAAAAAGGAUUUAAAUGCAUAUUUGCAGUUACUGUUGACUCCUGAAAUGAUGAAAGCAUCCCCAGCUUUGGCUCACUAUGUGUAUGAUUUCCUUGAGAACAAAGCCUACAGUAAAGGGAAAGGGGAUUUUGCUCGCAAGAUGGACACUUUUGUAAAUCCACUUCGAAAUUCUAUGAGGAAUGUUUCAAAUGCAGUUAAAUCCCUUCCUGAUAGCUUGGCAGAGGGAAUGACUAAAAUGUCAGACAACAUGGGCAAAAUGUCAGAAAGAUUAGGUCAAGACAUAAAGCAAUCAUUUUUCAAGGUGCCUCCUUUAAUUCCGAAGACUGACUCAGAUCCUGAACAUUGUCGGGUCUCAGCUCAGCUUGACGAUACUGUGGAUGACAAUAUUCCACUUAGGGUAAUGCUGCUUCUUAUGGAUGAAGUAUUCGACUUAAAAGAGAGAAAUCAGUGGUUGCGAAGGAAUAUCAAAAACCUACUUCAACAGCUUAUUAGAGCCACAUAUGGUGAUACUAUUAAUAGAAAAAUAGUUGACCAUGUUGAUUGGAUGACCUCACCUGAGCAAGUAGCCGACUUAGUGAAACGUUUCAGAGAUGCCUUUUGGCCAAAUGGCAUUUUAGCAGAGACUGUUCCCUGCAGAGAUAAAGCUAUUCGAAUGAGAACAAGAGUUGCAGGAAAAACUAAAUUACUUUCAAUUAUGCCAGAUGAACUGAAGCACAUUAUCGGGGCUGAAACAACACGGAAAGGUAUUCUUCGUGUUUUUGAAAUGUUUCAGCACAACCAGUUAAAUAGGAGAAUGGUUUAUGUCUUCUUGGAAGGUUUUUUGGAAACCUUAUUUCCACAGUAUAAAUUUCGUGAACUUUUCAACAAACUGCAUUCACGAUCAAAGCAGAUACAGAAAUAUAAACAGAAACUUCAAACUACUCAAGCGCCUUCUUUACAGAAGAGGUGACACUCCAAUCUCUGAAGCUGGUGUUCAUUUUGUCCAGGACUAAUAAUAUGGACAGAUCUUCUGGGGCUUAACUCAUAUACUGUCAUGUCGCACCAGUCUUUUAGUGUCUCAAAAUAGAUUAUUAAUACAUCCAUAAGACUGUGGUUCUUCUCAUCCUCGUCCAUAAUCCAGCCACUACCAAGAGAGAUUUCUGUGUCUUAAAUGAUUUGGUGCAUACUUUUGCAACAUUGAGAGGAUACUGCCCCCUUCUCAAGCAAGAAUGACAUUGGUCUCUUCCAUUUCAAACUAAUCAGCAUUCUCCAGCAAUGACAAAGUGCCAGAAUGUAUACGUGAGAGCUGAGGAAAGCACAAAACAAUGGUUCACAGAUAAACUGGCUAAUUUGUUUAACCAUGGGAGACUGAGCAAUGUAUGAUUUGGAGGGAUUUGUUUUUGCAUAAUAAUUUUAUAGAUCUUUAUCAGAAUUUUCAUAUAAUGUGGAUUAGCCAGGUGAAUGAUCUUUGGAACAUCUGCUUCAGGUCAGGGGAAAGUGACAGGAUGCCCUUAAAGUAUGAAGUAACCUUAUACCCUAAUUACAGUUUUGUGACAUAAAAUAAAACCAAUCAAAAACAGAAUUUGAUUGGAUUUGUUAUUAUUGGUAUAAAACAAAUUUUAAUUGAUUCUUACGUGCUUUGGGGCUCUGUUUUGCUCUUAUGGUACUCAGUCGUAAGUUUUCUUUUGGUGUUCUGUGUGCAAAAAGAAGCAUAUAGUGGCACUCUCAGUUAAGUUUCAAAAUUAUUACAGUUUUCUUUAAGAGAUUACUGAUUACACAAUAGGGAGUAUAAUCUCGAAAGAACUGCCAAAUACAUUCUGUUAUUUUAAAAACAUGGAAAUUAAAAAAGAACAGCACCAUUGAAAGUUACAAUGUGAUCGUUUUAAAUUGUGUGAUCUAGACAUACCUUAGGUGAUUGCAAAAGUAGCAAAUCAAAGGAUUAAAUGAGCUUUUAGUCAUAUGUAAACAGACAAAUUCCUAAUUCUAUUACUGUGUAUAUAUAUAUAAAAAUAAAUAAUGAAAACAGAACUAUAAUAUUUUUUAAAAUAUGCUUUUAUUUAUAUUUUGCAUAAUGUAAAAUUCUACUAAAUAAAGCAAGUUGGCAAAACCCCUGGGUGUAUACAUUUAAGUCCCUGAAAUAAUUUUAUACCAACAACAACAAAUUACCUUUUCCAGUUCUGGAGCCUCUGCAUUUCUUAUAGUUUUCUCAUUCUCCGUUUGUCCAUCUUGGAAGUCUUCAUAUCCCUUGUAUGCAGGAUUUCUGCAUAGUUUUAAAUACUUACACUGACUAAGGGUUUGGAUAUGUCAGCAUUUUUUGUUUUAAAAAUAUUUAACACUACAACCUUAAAAUAGUGAAGCUACUUAUCAGACCACUGAGCCAAGAUCCUGGUAUUCGAAGAACGUCUGGGUGCUUAAGAUAAAGGGACAAAGUUUCGGUAUCCCAGUUAUUUGGGAGCUUUAAGAUGGAAACAAGAUGUUAUUGUCCUGUUUUCACCGAGAUUCUACUUACAAAGUGAAGCCUAAUAACAGAUUAAAGCCUUCCUUUAAAGCUUUAUAAUAAUAAUAAUCAUAUUUAUUAAUAAUGCUGUUGUGCAUACUUACAGUAUGCAUAUAUUGCAUGUCUAAAGAAUUACAUAAAUGAAACCCCUUUCGUUGCAACUUGCAAAUGAGAAAAGAUCCUUAUUGACUCUGGUGGAAGAAAUAAUACUUCUUCUUCGCAGUGUGUUUCCCUGCCAUGGUCCCCCCCGCCCCCCAUGCCCCAGGCUUUAAAGGUGAAGAUUUGUGAAACAUGUCUGUAGGAACUAGCAUCAGCAUGGCCAUAAGUGCAAUGAUUCUCAAAUAUACCCUUGCCCAUUUCAAGUAUAUUUUUGACGUAAGUCUAAGAGUAAACAAGAAUUCAUUUAAGAGCCUAGUGUGUACAUAUGAAAAGCAUUUCCAGAUAAUGUGAGGAAUGCUGGCCAUCAACCAGGGAAAGAAAGAAAGGUCCUGCAAAAUUGCAACUUUUCAUAACAGAGCCCUGCAAGGUAACUGCAGUCAUACCAAAAACUAUAUGAGUAAAUGGGUUUUUUAAAUAAUUUUUGUUUCAAGAGUUUAUAUUUCAAAAGCAGAAAUGUCAAAUGGUAGUUUAUGUAAACGGUUGUGCGUCUUCUCUGUGCACAUCUAUGUUUUACAUCAGAGAGCUGUGGUCAUGCUAAAAUUAGAGAUACUUUUUGAAUGACUUAGUCAAGCUGUGUGUAAAAUAUUUAAUUCAUAAGUCAAGUACAGUGUACUAUGUUUAAUAAAGUUAUUACAUUUAAUGCAUUUAUUGCAUAUAUAAAUAUAUACCUGAAGAGGCUUUAAGUCUUCUGAUAUUUGAUUUUUUGAAUGUGUUUUUAAGUCAGUGGUGCCUUUAGGCGAGAACCUUCAAAAUUAAUCAUCCUCUUUUGGGUUUUCUGAUUUUUUCAGGUAACAAACUAUUUAGAAACCAUCACUACUAACAGUUGAUUCACCUAAAAAUUGAUUUUAUGAUUUAAAUAUAGCGCUUAGCUGGGCAUUUCCUCUGAUUAGGGUGUUCUGAAUAGUUGCUGAAAAAAUUGUGCCAUUGACCAAUGGAUGCACUUGGUUAGCCUUAACUUUUUUUUUAAAAAAAUUAAAAACUUUCUUGAAUAUUUCUGUUGGCUCAUCUUAAGUUUGUGCUGCUGGUGUUUGGAAAGAAUCAAACAGUUAAGUGCUACCAGAAAGUGUAUCAAUUUUUAAAAAAUUAAGAACAAUAUAAAUUUCACAAUCUAAAAUUUUAAUUUUGUGCAAUAUUUUCAUUUAAUGCAUGUGUAUUUGAGUAAUUGUAAAAUAAAUGAAUUUUUAAUGUUUUGAGAUCUAGUUUAAACUGUCUUCUUAACCCAACAACUUACAUUCCGUUGUUGCUGCAUCCUUUUAUUUAAGGACUUGUUUUAAAAGUCUUUUUUGUCACUCCUUGUAAAAUUCUUUUGUUACUGGUAAAUUUUGCUUAUAGGAGCAUGGCUCCUGUAUUACAAGGGAAAAAUAUAAAGAGCACAUCUUAGGAUUAUAGUUGUUAAAAGAUAACUUGUGCAUAACAUUGUACAGUAAAUGUCAACUGUGUGCCUAACUAUUCUAUCAAUACUUUCCUUCUUUAACAAAGAAGAAACAAUCAGAAUGUCAGUUAUUUUUAUUGAACUAAAAAGAAGAUUAAAAUUUUUAUUUGGUUUGCGUUAUGUUCUGUCCAUUAGAAAAUACUAAUAAAAUAUUA